CCUUCAGUACCAGUUGCGUUCACGGGCAUUUCUCUGCUCUGAGACACAGUCAACUCAGGGAUCAUGUCGCUGCCCGCUCUGUUCGAGGUCUUUCUGCCCACCUGGGCUAACGUGCAUCAAUGGUUGGCUCUGGCCUGUGUCCUGGUCGUGGUUCAUAAACUCCACGGUCUGUGGAGGACGAGGAGAACGCAGUUCCGAGUGACGGAGAUUUUCUCGGGAUCAAAGGGACACUGGCUGUUUGGAAACAUACUGGAGUUUAAACUGGACGGGACAGACUUUGACCUCAUCCUGAAGUGGGCCAAACAGUACCCCGACGCCUUCACCAUGAAGUUCGGUCCGUUCAUGUGUUUCCUUGUGGUUUACCACCCGGAGUAUGUGAAGGCCCUGCUGUCGUCUACAGAACCAAAGGACGACGUAGGGUAUCGGUUUAGUAUUCCUUGGAUCGGUAACGGUCUGCUGGUGUCCAGUGGUCCAAGGUGGUUUCGCAAUAGACGGCUCCUGACUCCAGGUUUUCACUACGACAUCUUAAAGGCGUACGUGAAGGUGAUGUCCGACACAACGGCGACGAUGUUGAAAAAAUGGGAGAGCUACACUAAGAGCGAGGAGUCCUUCGAGCUGUUUGAACACGUCAGCCUAAUGACACUGGACACGAUCAUGAAAUGUGCGUUCAGCUACAGCAGCAACUGUCAGACUGAGAGUGGAACUAACGAAUACAUCAAAGCGGUGUACGAGCUGUCGUAUCUGAUCAGCCGGAGGUUGAGGGUCUUUCCGUACCACAGCGACCUCAUUUUCCACCUAAGCCCCUCUGGUUACAGAUACAGGAAAGCGUGUAAAAUCGCUCACAAUCACACAGAGGAGGUCAUUAAAAAGAGAAAGGAAACGCUGAAGGGAGAAAAAGAGCUGGAAAGUAUACAAUCCAAGAGGAACUUGGACUUUCUGGAUAUCCUGCUCUGUGCCAGGGAUGAGAGUCACAUCGGUCUGUCGGAUGAAGAGAUCCGAGCAGAGGUUGACACCUUCAUGUUUGAGGGCCACGACACCACAGCCAGCGGGAUCUCCUUCAUCUUCUACUGUCUGGCCUGUCACCCAGAACACCAGACAAAGUGCAGGGAGGAGAUCACUGAGGUCCUGCAGCACAAAGACACCAUCGACUGGGAUGAUCUGAACAGAAUCCCAUACACGACCAUGUGUAUCAAAGAAGCCCUUCGACUUUACCCUCCUGUGCCGGGGAUCGCCCGAAAACUCACCAAACCCAUGACCUUCUUUGAUGGAGUGACGGUCCCUGCAGGAUGCAACGUCUCUUUGUCGAUGUUCGCCAUCCAUCGAAAUCCAGCCGUCUGGGAGAACCCUCACGUCUUUGACCCACUGCGUUUCCUCCCUGAGAACGUGGCCAAGAGGUCGCCUCACUCGUUCGUGCCUUUCUCCGCAGGCCCCAGGAACUGCAUUGGUCAGAACUUUGCCAUGAAUGAGAUGAAGGUGGUGGUGGCCCUGACACUGAAGAGGUAUCGUCUGAUCCAGGACCCAACGCAGACGCCCAAAUUGAUCCCCAGGCUGGUGCUGCGCUCACUGAACGGCAUCCACAUCAAAAUCAAACCCGUGGAUUCAUAAGUGAAAGAAAUGAUUCUCUGUGAAAUGUGUGACUAAAGCUGCUAAAAAUUCAAUCUUCUCUGCAAACUAAAAAGACUAGACUGUGUGUAGAUCCUCAGUCUAGAUCCUGGACCCACUUGGACUUGGUCUCCUCCAGAUGUUUCACCUCUCGUCCAGCAGUUUCUCUGGUUCAAACCAGGAUGAAGAAGCUUCUCAGACGAGAUGGUCCAACAUCUUCAAGAAACCAGGUCCAGUUCUGCACUUCUGAACCACGGUCAGGUGGAGCGAACCCAUGAUUGAGCCAACUGUGAAGAACAGUUUGUAACAGCCAAUGACCAAGAGAGGCUGGGAUACAGGAAGUGGAGUCAGAGGACAACAGGAAAUAGAGAGAAGAUCAAGACAAGGACGAUGAGGAG